AUGAAGACCCGCGGUCAGGGCCCCGCGACGCCUCCCGCGAACAUCGUCGCGGCGGCGCACUCCCCGACCAAGAAAACCCCCGGCGCCAAGCCCGCCAAGACUCCGGCGCCCCUCCGUCGACUGCUCAGCACGAGGACGGCGGAGGCGCUCGAGGCGGGCACCCUCGAUCUCGAAGGCGACGGCGACGGCGGCGACGACGACGGCGUGCGCCCCGUCGACGACGAUGAGCCAACCCUGGGUCAUCACGACGACGACGAUGACGACGAUGAGGAGGAGGAGGAGGAGGGCGGGUCCGACGACGAGUCCGACUCGGAGGCGUCGUCGUCGGAGGAUGACUCAGAUUCCGAUGACGACGAUGACGACGACGAGCCGCCGCCGCCGCCGUCCGAGCACAACCCGUACGACGACAUGAACGAGGCCACCGCGCUGUACUUUGCGCAGUCCCUCGCCGUCCAUGCCCUCAACGCCGAGUGCAUCGAGCUCGACGCGCGCGGCGAGCUCUACGCGAACGAAGAGGAGCGCAGGGAGCACGAACGAAAAAACUGGAAAGCGUGGGCGCGGCACAAGUGCAAGGAGGCGGCGAUCGACAAGGCCGAGGAGCUGGGAUGCACCCCCGAGGCGGUGCUCAUGACGUGGGGGGUCAAGAAGUCCAACGACAAGCACGCGAACGCGCACAACUCCCUGUUCGGCGGGCACAUGGUCGGCGGCGACAUGAUCGAGCCGCUCCCCGCGGCCAACCCCGAACGUGGCGCGGCGAUGAUGGCGCUGCCCGACGAGAAACGCCGCGACGGACUCGCCAAACCGAGCGAACGCAAGGGUAAGGGCGGCAAGGGCGGUAAGCUCCGGCGCGACGACCCGAGCGCGCAGGGGGGCGUGCGCGCGAUGCGUGAUCUCGCGGCGACUGGCGCUGGUCUCUUCGUCGCGCCGCUUGACGCGUCGCGGCUUCGGCGCGAGGCUAAGAAGAUGGGCGGGCUCGGCGCGGGCAACGCCGGUGUCGGCUGGUUCAACAUGCCCGCGGUGGAGUACACCCCCGAGCUCAGGCGCGACAUGCGGCUGCUCAAGCUUCGCGGUGCGUACGACCCGAAGCGUUUCUACAAGACGGAUGACACGAGCAAGCUGCCGAAGCACUUUCAGAUUGGCACCGUGGUGGAGGGCGCGGCGGAUUUUUACAGCGCGAGGAUGACGAAGAAGGAGCGGAAGCGGACGCUGGCGGAGGAGAUCGCGUCCAACCCGGAGAUCACCGCCGCGAGGAAGAAGAGGUUCAAGAAGCUCCAGGAGGAGAGCGCCAACACGCUCGGGAGGAAGCACAAGCGGCAGCUCGGGGGUCGGCAGCGGUGGAAGAAGGAGUCCACCAGACGCAAGAAACACUGA